AAUACCCCGACCCUGCCCUCAUUCGACCAAUGGGUGCCUGUGAGGCUGGACGCGGUGACAAUCGAGAACAGUCGCGUCUUGGCGGGGAGCAUCUUGGUCCGCAAUUUGGACUUCCACAAGACAGUGACGGUGCGUUAUUCGGUCGACAACUGGUCUACUACAGCUGAGGUGCCCGCCACCUUUGCGAACGUUAUCACCCCGAGCGGCCAUGGUUUCGCCGGCAUCGACCGAUUCCUGUUUCGCAUAGAUCUCGGCAAGGAAUUCUCAGCUUCGGCACUGAAAGGGAAUUUCAGCUUCGCUCUUCGAUACGAGGUUGGAGGCCAAACCUACUGGGACAACAACCAGGGCUCCAAUUACAACCUCGAACUCACU